UAAAAGCCCUUACUUUUUAAAAGUGUUCUAUUUUAGGAAAUUUGGAAAGAAAUUCCCUUCCUUCCUGGUAUUUAGCGACCCUGGCAAAACCUUGAAAUUAGUCAGGCAGGUUAAUCAUUAACUGAAAUAGAUGGCCUGCCUUAAUGAAUUGUGGGCUGUGACUCAGAAUCAUAACAUGAUCCUGUCAGCUAGGCACACAGAGAUCACAGCAAGCUUUGGAAGGCGAUGUCCUUAUGCCUCUACUGAAGUACGAAUGAUGCACAACACACUGAACAGAUCUUCCUGGAUCAGUUUUCUUAGUUUAAAUCAAGAGAUGAGCCCUCUGGAAAACAACUAUGCCUCUUUGUCUCCAAGAAAACACAUAGAAUCUCUUAGGCACUGGCAGCAAUGUUACUACAGUGAUUUGACCUGCCCUAUCUGCCUUCAGACGGCCAAUUUCCCAGUAGAAACCAACUGUGGACAUUUAUUUUGUGGUUCCUGUCUGAUUGAGUACUGGAAACAUGGAUCUUGGUUAGGAGCAAUAAACUGUCCACUCUGCAGACAGAAGGUUAUUUUUCUUUACAACAUCGCUUGUGAAAACCAGCAGGAUAAGCGAAGCAAACAAACUGUGGGUGACAUCAGAGAUUACAACAAACGUUUCUCAGGACAGCCUCGGCCUUUUGCAGAUUACCUCUACGACAUGCCAUUACUUCUGAACCUUGCUAUACGAGGAAUUUUCACCUUGGGUGGCCUUAUAGGAAUCUUCUUCCUAAGAGUUGCCAUCUGCUCUUUUGGAACAAUUAUGUGCUUAACAUCUCCAUUUGACAUGAUGCCAGAACCUAUUUGUGGAAUCCUGGGUGCAGUCGAUGACCUGGUUGUUGUGUUCUUACUUUUAAUUUGUUUGAUAAACAUUUGUUCACAAGUGGAAUCUGAAGGAGCAAAUUUGACAAACUCUACAACACAAAACAUCUUGUUGGAAUCUUAAUGGAUUAAAGCACUGCAUGUUCCUAAAUGAAAACUGAUCAGAUCAUGAUGAGCUUUCCUGACAUUUGGAAGCAAGGAUAAACUGAGCUUUAAAAAAUUUCAAAGGUUGAGGGAUCACACUGGUGUUUACUGAAAAUAUGUUGGAUAAAACUUUUAAAGUUAAUCAUGGACUACUGCCCAAUGAUGUCUGUAAGUCUCCAGAAAUGUCCUGUGAAGGUGGACCUUCAUUACCAAAUGCCAAUUUUGCAUGUGUACUUUUGAGUUCUGGGAGGCACAAAGAUUACAGCUCAACAACUGUGAUAUUACUAUAAACACUUCAGUGCAUUUGAACUUGACAAUAUUCUGUUGCAAUGGCAUCUACAAAGUAACCUCCAUGGGAUAAGUGUGCAGAAAAAAGAGAAGUGAACCUGAAAUUCUGCAUUUGUGCAAACACGUUUAAUAAUUUUGGUAAGGUUUCCUACAGUUCUUAACAGUCGUGACAUUAUCCAAAAUCAAACUACAAUUCAAAACUGAAGGGAAAAAACUAAAGCAAAACCCAGAAACUCAAAAAUGAGGGAUUAGAAGGAUCAAACAAGGAACCUGAGAAUGUUGUUAUCUGAUUUUUCUGCAAAUAAGUAGAGCUCUUUUCAAAUCACUUUGUCAUGCUUUACCUUCUUCAUAUGGUACCUCAAGUUUUUAUUUUCAUGGUAGUAACUUCCCUCCUUUGUUCGCAAAAAGGCCUUCUUGUUUAGUUUUCAUAAACAUACUUGCAAUAAAAAAAUCAAA